AUGGACUUGCCCUUUGACACUGUAGACAAGCCCCAAGACUCCCCUCCCUUUGCUGUUAGAGAUCUGCCCCAUCACAUAGGUUUGAAUCAGAACCUUGGGGCAGAGCCUCGCAAUGUACCCCUUAAGGAAACGUUCAGAAACACCCUUAGCUUGAUUUCCUCAAGGCCGAAGGAGAAGGUGGAGUACAAUGCCACUCCUCUCUUUCAGUAUCAGAGUCUUUACCCUGAGCUCGUGGGAGGUAGUGGGAACGGAUCGGGAACAGCUCGGGAGAGAGGAUGGAGAGCAGGAAGAAAGCCGGGGAGAAGGAGGAAAAAGAAUGGGAACGUUUUCCAGAAGGUCCCGAGACCCUGCCUCCAUUCUGGGCUGGCUUAUACCCCUGUGGGCGGAGCUUUGGAGACCAGACCUUGUCACGCGCCUUCCAGGCCACAUCCUCAGAACCCUAGCGGGGUUCCUGGCCCGCGCCUGGCAGGUACCUGCUCCUGCUGCGGGGGUGCCUCUAGCACAGCCACCACCCUGCGCACGCACCAACAUGAUCAUGGGUCGGACGGAUCCCCACGGGGAGAGUGUGGCAGAGUACGUGUGGGAGCCGAGCUGGCGGCGGCUGGGCGGCCGGCCGGGCCAUGGAGGUGCAAUGCGGUGCCUCCUCCGGAACCCAUGUACCGUGCACUUCCCAAGCGUAGUGAGAGACCCCCUCAGUCUCAGGACGCACAGCAUGGGAGCGCUCUGCAGGUCCUCCUAGAUGACGGAGUGUCCUGGGUCCUGCCCCACCCCGUACUUCCAGUUGGAACCAGAGGUGACUGGGCUGGAGGAGGGUCCGGAACAGGGGCAAGCUGUGUUCCAGAAGAAAUUACUUACUCAUAUCUACCUGACCAAAACCCUAGAACUCUGCAGGUAAGUCUGCCAUCCCAGCUAUGUAGAAGGCUGAGGCAGGAGGAUCACAAGUUCAGGUGUCCCUGGGAUUCACAGGGAGUUAAUACUGGCUUUGACCAACUUUCUGAGACCUUGCAUCAAAUGGGAAAGUACAAAGAGGACUUGGGGGUACAGUUUAGGAGCAGAGCACUUGCUGGCUUAGCACUGUGGGCUCAAGUACUAUUAAAAAAGCAAACAAACAAAGCAGAACCAAAAGCAAAUGCAGUUUAAUGAGAAGUCUGAGUGAAUAGGGGAUGGGAGCGGAUAGGGACAGUUGGAAGAAAUGACAGUUUUGUAAUUUCAAGGGAAGAGUUGCAUUUGUGAGGAUGUGUGCUAAUCUGGCAAACACUUCAGAGGAACUGUGUAGAAACUAAGCUCCUUCAGUCUUCCUGGCAUUCUCUGCCUGUUCAUCAAGUCUCCCCCUUUCUCCUGGCUUCCAGGGGGUCAAGCUAACUGCCUCCGGCUGACAGGUCACUUGAUGGCUAGAUCUUGCAAAACUCCUUUGUGCUGUUUUACAAAUGAGAUUUUCCUUUCAUUGAUUCAUUUCUUUUUCUUUUUUUUCCCACAAUGACACGAAAUAUGUAACUGACUAACAUUAAGCUAAUUAAAUGGCCCCGCAUAAGAGUCAGGUGCAGCCAAGGACACUUGGAGAAGCAACAGACAUGGUAGAUUCCGUGUCUGUUGGGGUGGGAGCAUCAAAUCUCACAGUCAUCCAGGCAGUGAGAGUCGAAAGAGCUUUGUCUGGUCUCAGUUACCAGUAUGUAAAGAGGCACUUGUGUUCUGUGCCCUGAUCACUCGGGGUCAGGAGCCAACUUGCGCGUCAGUGGUAUUAAUCACCUACAGGGUAGAGCACUGAAGCCAGGUCCCAUCUUAGGUGAAGGAACAGCUGUGUUGUCUUGACCAGGCUAAGUUCUCCACUCUGCUCCCCUGCAGGCUGCUUUGUGGAUAACCAUAUUUUUUUCAGGUACAGGCGUUGGGCCCUUAAGAAAUGCCAAGUUCCCUGCAAGUUGGUCUGAGUCCCAAGCACUCAGUCCUGCACUAUAGCCCCAGUUUUCCUGGGGUCCUGAGCCGGACUGUACAGACCUAUCGGUGUCCCUCUGGGGAAGUCUGGUUUGGUUUAAACAAUGAGAAUCAGUCCAGAGGAGCAAUAUUCGACUCCACUGCUUACCUCACUCUUUAGUUAUUGGGAUUGGGACACUACUGAUUGCUAGUUUUUUCUUCCCAGCUAAAAUGUACAGGUCUUGGCCAUUGAGUGUGUGUGUGUGUGUGUGUGUGUGUGUGUGUGUGUGUGUGUGUGUGUAUGUGUGUGUGUGUGUGUGUGUGUGUGUGUUUGCCCUCGCGUGCCCCUGGGUGCCCCUGCAUGCUGGCCUGAAGCACUGAUAGUCAUUUAUUACCUUGCAUCUAUGGGGAAAAUGUCUUCUGCCUUUCAAACCACAGCCUUGCAAAUGCACUUUUGGAACACAGUCUGUUUGUAAGCUGGGGCUGACAGCACUAACAAACAGCUCUUGGCCCAGGGCAGCCCCACAACCAAAUGACAUGUGGUUUAAGGUUCACGUAACAGCCAGUUCAUUUAAAUAAUGCUAGCUAGACCCGGGGCUCUCAGGUUCUCCGGUUUCUGGGCAGUUUAGAGUGGAGGGUAACAGUCUCCACAGUGACAAGGGCGGGUGUGGGGUGCCCACUCCCUAGGAGAAACGCCACAUUCCUGCUUUUAAUGGCUUGCCCUGCAGGUUUUUAGGACCGAGCCUCUUCCGAGGGCAAGCUUUUUCAGUUCUGCUGAACAAUUGAUCUUGAGAAAGGAGAACUCCUUUUAAAAAGCAGCCAUAGUUUGGAGCUUGGAAGUUCAGCCAGGGUCAUUCUGGUUUAUUGAGUGCAGGGGCCCCUCAGUGGGAGGGAAAACCACAUUUCAGUCCUCCCUGGGGCUCCUGUCCCUCCCCUCGCCCUGUUUUCUUUUUGCCAGCGCCUUUAACAUGUCUCCUCUUUACUAAGUUAGAAGCCAGACAGCCCAUCCCAGGCAAGCUAGUCCAUUGACCUAGCCAUAAAAGGAGCUAAUCUUUCGCAGACACUCACAAUUAGCCCAGGCACUGGGCUAAGCAGAGGUUGUGUCUGAUAUCUGUGGACUCAUCCCCCGUGGUAGCUGUCACCAGUUUAUAGCAAGAUCAAAAGAGAGUGGGUAGCGAUGUCCAGGCUGUCCCAGCGGCCUGACCUGCAGCCUGUGAUGUGGGGUCCUCUAUGCAGGACUUGCCAGCCUAGCUCCAGUUCUUCAGGUUAAUUGCCAAAAUCACACCACAGCUCUGUCCCGCCAAAGUCAUGCUGUUAGGAAAGAGAAACAAGAACAUUCUUAUAUUCAAGGCCAGCUGCAGACUCUCCAUCCGGAUUUCCAACACACACGUUUGGCCCGAUCUCCUAUCCAUAACAAUAGCUGAAAAUUAUUAUUCGUUCUCAUCAUCAUCAAUAUCGUUAGUUUCACACUAGGGGUAGAACCAGGUCUUCCUGAGUGCCAGGCAAAUUCUCAGCCAAUGAGCUUCAGCCCCACUCUAGGUAACUGAAACUUUUCGCAGUACCUGUAUCUAAGGACUCCGACUCCCCCACCCACAAGCUUGCAGAACCCUCUCCCUUCUCAUUUGACUCUUGGGAAAUUCCACCCUCAUUCCGGGGCCUGGCUGCCUCUGUUCCCUCAUUGGUCUUUCCCAGACCACAGUGGCAAUACAUCUCUCUCAACUCUGUGGCAGUCUUAUGCAUCCAGUUCAAUUCCUGAUUGCUUAGUAUCCAAGGUGCUGGUAUAUAGAAUAAUUCCCCUUUGUGCUUCAGGGAGGCAUUCCAAGACAUAGUGGAUUCCUAAACUGUGGACGGUCAGUCCCAAACGGCAUAUAAAAGGCACAGUGUCUCCUUGGUGGAUCUAAUAACUGAAGGGGUUAUUAAGGAACCAGCAGAUGGGUAGUGCAUACAGUGUGGACACAGUGGACAAAGGGACGGCUUCUGUCCUUGGCAAGACAUCACCAUAAGAGCGUCCAUUGUGUUACCCAGGUGGUGCAAUUUUAAACUGGUGAAACGUGUCUCUGGAAUUCCCUACUUAAUAUUCUAAGGGUACAAUCGACUACAGCCAGUUGAAGCUAAUCAAAGCAGAACCAUGUGUGUGUGUGUGUGCGUGCGUGUGUGUGUGUGUGUGUGUGUGUGUGUGUGUGUGUGACAGUGAGGAGAGGGGGAAGGAGAGGGGAAAGGAGAGAGAGAGAGAGAGAGAGAGAGAGAGAGAGAGAGAGAGAGAGAGAGUCCAAAUCUCUGUAGAGUCUAUCUUCCAGUUAGGUUUUAUUCCAUCUGGAGCCAAACUAAGUUGAUACCAUUUUGCCCCAGGCCUCACUGGAAUUUGGAGUGAGAUGAAGAACAGAGGGUCUCCCUCAGUCCAUCACCUGCAGAGGGCUCUCUUAGGAGAGAGGGCUUUUGUUACUAUGGCCACAGCCUUUCUGUACCUACCCAUUCCAGAACCAUUGAGAACUUUGCAGGGUUACGGGCUGCAAAUAAGAAAAGGGGCUUCCAAUGCAUCCUGUGCACAGCUCUGUGAAGUCCAGAAGGACCGCCCUGCUGCGCCUUAUUGUAUAGUGAGCAUGAGGAGGCACACGUCUGUGUGAGCAGGUUCUUAUUUUAUGUGAGACCAUUAAUGUUUUGUAAUGGGCAUGCGCUACAGCCAUGUGCUCUGUUAUAACCGUGUUCUAGUCUAACAGUAGACUCUGUGCUAUUGUAGUUCUGUAAGAUUCUGUGACCUAUGGGUACCAGAGCUGUCUUAGUUUCCAUGGGUUCACUGGGUGAUGAUAAACAUUAGUAAGAUCGCCUAGUGGUGAAUUUCUCAAAACACAGCCCUGCGGCUCCCUGGCCCUUACUGUACUUUUCAGUAUAUAGCUUGUUAAUUAGGAUGUGCACGUUUUGGCUGCACUUGGAGGUACUCUGACAUGGUUGGGAGAAGGAAGUCAGCAUAAAGUCCAAAGGGUGGGCCUGCUCUGUUUCACUUGAUUUUGUAUUUCUGUAGAACGAUGAUCAUGGUUUUGCAUUUUGUCAGAAGACAGAUGGAAACACGAAGUUAGAUGUAGACAGCUGGUGUUUGGCAGUAGGGGCUCCUACAGGAGUGACCGUGUUGCCAGGGGUCUGUAAUUUGAGACAAGAAGAAGGUCCUGGAGCAACACUGGCGGUGGAAACAGUGGGAUUCGCUCAAGUGUCAGUUACGACACACCGUUCACAUGGUUUCCAACCUCGGACACCAGGCUUUAUCAAAAGGACACGCUUGAGACAUAGCUUAUACACUGCACCAUCCGCCCUUUUAAAGCUGAUGACUCUGUAAUUUUUGUAGACUCAUGAACUGGAUUAGUCACCACUACUGACUCCAGAACACAUUUAUUACCCCACGCCCCAAGAAACCCCAAGUUCAUUAGCUGUCAUGCUUCAUUCUGUCCCUGGCCUAUCAUGUGGUGACGACUAAUCCAUUUUCUGUCUCCAUGGUUUGUCUAUAAUGGGCAUCGCUGAGUAUAAGUGCAGCCUUCUACUAUGUGGGCUUUUGCCUAGCUUCUUACUGCCCUGCUGCUCAUAGGUGUAGUACAGGUCCCUUCCUCUUUGAGGAUGAAUAGUGCACACACCACAGGAACGCACCACAAAUCACGCACUCUGGGGUUGUUUAUACUUUGGGGCUAAAGGAGAUUAUGUUGCUAUGAAAAGUUGUAAACAAGCGCUUUUUGCAGACAUACAUUUUCAUUCUUUUCAAUAUGUCUCAGAAGGCAUGGCUGGUGAUUCACACACUUAACUGUGUGUUUAGAAGUUUGAAGAUCUACCAAAUCAUUUUCCACAAUGGCUGAUGUUACAGUUCUGCUCAUAACGUGUGAGGGGUUCCACAUGCUCACUGGAAGAUCAGGUUAGCUUUUUCACAUCAGCCGUUCUGGUGGGUGAGAAGCAGUGUUUCAUUCAGUGUGGCUUUGGCCUGUAUUUCCCUACCAAGCAGUUACACAGAAUCUUUUUGUAUGUUUGCCACUCAUUUCAGUGACUUAGAAGAUACAUUAUCUCGGGCCUUCACCCGGUUCUUGGUAUCUAUGAUACUUGUCUCAGAUACACGUUUUUCAAGUAUUUUCCCUAACUCUCUUGGUUGUGUUUCUUUUCCCCAGUAGACUGUGAAAUGCAGGUAGUUUUACAUUUAUCUGUGUUUUCUCUUGCUGCUUGGGACCCCAGUGCUGCAGCUGUUGUCUAUUGCUUAAUCCAAGGUCAUGGGAAUUCACUGCAGUUUCUCUAUGAGUGUGGGGUUGAUCCGAGUUACUGUAACAUCAAGUGUAUGGUUAGGGCCCAUCUUUCCUGUUUUGUCUGUGUGUGUGUAGAUAACCAUUUAUCUUGGUAGCAUUUAUUACAAAGCUAUUACCUCUCCAUUGAAUCCUUGAAUUAUUGUCUUAUUUCGCUUAUAAUUAUUCAUGGCUACAUACUUAAUUCUGUUCAUUUUCAAGUGGGUCUGACACACCAUCUUCAUCCUUGAAGGUUUGUAUUAGAUUUUCAAAUACUAAAAUUUAAAGUUAGAGACAUCCACCUUUGUUCUCUUGCCACAGCAUCUUAGCUGUUCUGUAUUUUCAUAAGAAUUUUAUAGUUUGUCAGUUUCCACAAAAGAGGCACUGGAGAGAGCAACAGGAGUUAUUCUGUAUUUAUAGACUAGUUGGAGGAAUGUAUUAAAUCUUUGAAUUCAUGAACACGGAUGCCUCACUUUAAUUUAGUUCUCUUUACAUUUUCUUUCUGUGGUUUUUUAGUUUUUAGUGUGAAAGUGUUGAAUUUCAUUCAUUAGAUUCUAUUUCUGAUUAUUAUUAUUACUUUUAAUAUGGCGUAAAUGAAGCCAUACUUUUAAUUUCAUCUUUAGGAUCGUUUACUGUUAUAGAAGUGCAAUUGAUUUGUACAUCGUGUUAUAUUCUGUGAACUUUAGGGGCUUAAUUUUUAGUGGUAAUAUUUUCUUUUUCUUUAUUUUUUUCUUGAGUUUCUUAAAGUUGUUUAAUGGUAAGAUUCGAUUAUUUGUUGGUUUUAAUUUUGUCAUAGCAUAUUUUAGAUCAUCUUAAUUGUUAAUAAAGGUUUCAGAUCUUCCUUUUCCGACACACAUUUUCAUGGUCUGUUUCCCCCCUCCUCCUUUCCACACAGAACUAUGGCAGCUCUUCCCAGUGCUCCUUGAUAAUUGCGUGUAUUUCUGAAGGGUUGCUAGUGCCGCCCUUCCUUCAUUCCUGAUGCUAAUAACGUGGGUUUUGUCUCUUUGUCCAGGCUUUCGUUAAUUGUGUUGAUGGACUUUGUCUAGUAAAUUUUAGAGACUUUAUUGUCCUUUGUGCUAAACUCAGUCAUUUCUCACCUGUUCAUUUUGUGUUUGGUUUGUGCCCCUUGCAUGUUAAGUGAAAACCAGGUUAUUAUUCGAGAGCUUUCUUUCUCAUUUGUAGCUAUUCAUGCCUGACAUUGAUUUAGUUCUGUCUUGCACAUCUCCAUAUGGUUCCUUUCAUUUAUCACAAUUUCCAUGUCUAGGAAUGUAUUAAUUUCCACUUUUUGUGAGUUUCUCCAGCUUCCUCUGUCAUUCUCCUUCCUUCCAUUGUCUUUGGGGCAGUCCUUUCAGGUGUGCUGAGGCUGGCGCUGUCUUUUGUGUUACCUGAGCUGGGGGAUGUUCUCCUACACUGUGUACUGAGUGUGUGCCUGUCAGGGCAAAGCAGGAAAGAUCAGAGCACAAGUUGAUGCGAUCACAGUGGACCCAGAAGAUGUAUUCGGUAGUGUACAGGUAGGAUUGUGGGAGAGGUGACUUUCUUCACGGUCAUAGGCCUUCCAGACACAGCAACUGUCAUUUAGAAAAGGAAGGUGCCUUCUGGGUUUAGAUGAUAUCACAGAAUAGCAAGGUAGGGAGUCUUUGGAGUUAAACGACAAAGGGGCAGUGCUGUGCUAGACAGCCUUUUCAUUGCUGUGUCAAAAUGCCUGAUGCAAACAACUUAAGAGGAAAAAAGGUUUGUAUUCGCUCUUGGUUUUAGAGGGUUCGGUCUGUCAUGGUGGGGAGGACAUGGUGUAGAGCAGUUCACAUCAUCACAGCCAGGAAGCAUGGAAAAGGAGAGACCAAGCAAGACUCAGUCCUUCCAAGACUCCAGAUACCUUCCCUCUGACCUGUUAUUGUUUUCUUCCAACUUGGUUCCGCCUCCUACCUCUCACUACUUCCUAAUUAUGCUAGCACAUUAUGUACCCGUCAGGGAUUAGAUCAGAACCCACACAAUGUCACUGUCUCCAGGAUGCCCAGAUUGUGUUUUCUCCUGCACUAGGCAUUUUUCCUACCCUCCAGUCAAAUUAAUAGCUCAAGUCAGCCAUCAGAGGCAGUGUACUCUCCCUUAACUGUCUUAACAGACAGCACCCCACGGUGACUCACUGAUAUUUCUAUCCCUGUAAGCAUUAUGGUGAUGGAUCCUGUACUCGACCUGAGCCAAGUAUUCCGUGUUCUAUGCUGGCUAACUAUUCUCUCUUCUGUGCGUUGCUGAAGGCCACAUACAGCUCCCUCCAAUCCCACGUUGAUUGUCUGUGCCGUUCUUCUUUAUUGGGUUCUGAGUCCUUUUGGAAGGCCUACUCCUGUGUCAUCAGAAUCUGGAACAGGUCCUCUAGAGUAAAGCUGAGGUAGGGCAUAAUCACUGCAUCUAUGCCUGCACCGGCUCCUGGCUUGUGGACACACACUUGGUGUACACUUGUGGAUACACACUUGGUGUGCACUUACUAAGGAAUAAGCCACUGCCACAUAACUGGUGGUCAGCAAAUAUUUGCUGAGUUAAUAAAUUAGUGCGCAUGUACAUAAUGUGUUUCACUGGCAGAAAUCACACUGUUUGGCCCUUCGAACUCAGUAACUGCAUAAGGGAAGAACAGGGUGAAGAGUAGUCAUGGGGGCUUAUGCCUGGAUUUGAUUUUCAGGGUUGAUACCCCUUUCCCUAAGAACAUUGAAAACCUCAGACAUACUGUUGUUCGAUGAGACAAUAGGAAGUGGGGGGUGGGUAGUAGUUUUGGGUAACUGAGCCAGCCCUCUGUGCUGAAUUUCAGUCUACUGAACUGUCUUUUAUGGGUGCUUUCAUUCUUUGUGGAGUUAGGAAGUGCUACCCAAAGAACUCUUGUGUUUGCCUUUAUGGAUCAAAUCCUACCUCAAACUAUUUAUUAGAGGGAUGAGGAAUGAGCUGCCUAGGGAUAUAUAAUUUAAUAUCCUUUAGCUUUUCUGCUUAGGGGACUCUUCCUACUUUAAGUGAUUGAGCUUCUCCAUGAGUCACAAAUUAUUUCUAGGAACUCAGAAGUCCAAAGCUCUCUCUGUUUCCAUUCCUGGAUACACAGUCAUGGCUCCAUCUGCCUACGAAAGAAACCUAGUAGCUAAAGGAGUAGUUAAGAGUACAAUCUCAAAUGUAUCAAGGAUAAAUAAGCUAUGUUUAUGAGCUCAAAAUGAGACAAUAAAGCAGAGCCCAAGCCUAUCUGCUCCACUCCAGGCCCACUUUAUGGCUCAUGCCUACAUCGAAGAUGGGACCAGCGUGAGUAGUGGCCAGAACUGGAAAGUCCACAAGACGCCAUGCAUGGCAAGAAGGAGACAGAGCAUGAGUCACUGACAGAAGCCCUGUCUGGCAUCAGCGUGCUGUGUAGAGCCCAAGGCUGUGUAUCCUGUGAUAAAAGUUGCAGCCUCUGGCUUGUUUGGAGAGAGAACAUUCAAGUAGAUUUCUUUUUUUCAAGUGCGCUUGCUUGUUGGUUUUGGCGAGCUCUAUCUACUGUCAUGCAGGCUGACAUUGAACUUUCACCUGAUCUGACUGAACACCUCUUCUCCCAGCAUCCACCUCCUGAGAGCUGAGGGCGUAUCCUUCGCCACGCGCCUGUCUUCCCCAAGUUGUUUCUCUUCACCCCUUCUGCUGAAUGUGUCUAUCCUCUGACUCCUGACUUUGGAUGAAGUGGACCUUUUAUUUACUGUUUGCUUUUUUGUGUUUUUCUUGUUUUUGUCCUUCUCCUAAGCCCCACGUCUCAUGGUUGAACUGUCUGACUGUGAGUUCCGGGAAGGGCAUGAGAUUCUCAUGCUCACACACAGCACUAGAGGGACCAGAGAUGUUAAACAUGGAUGCUUUUCUCUUCAGUGGAAGUGAUUUAUACCUGUUUCUGCCUGGAAAGCUGAGAAUGGGUGUAGUUAAUAACUUGGUUCUUUGCUAUCUGUAGGACCCGGCCUCAUCCAAAUCCCUCAGACUAUCACGUCCAUCCCAGAUGUUUCCCAGUCUCUUGAGCAUCUUUUCUCAGUCAAUAGAACCAGUUCUUAUGGAAGGGAUCAUGGGUGCUUUGCAAAAGAGUUUCAACAUAGUCGUGCCUUAAACUUUAUAGUGAUAACUCUCCCCCGUCCCAAAGUUUACUGUGUAAGUAGGUCAAAAAUAAAUGUCUCGGGGUCAGACUGUAGAGCUUUGAGCAGACACUGGAUCUCUAACUAAGUCAUGUUGAGCUGGAUUGGCUUCUUCUCUUGCUGUGUUACUCUGCAGGGUGGCAGUGUUUGCAGGGACCCCUACAGAAUUCCCCCAUCCACCCCCUGCUUCUUCUGGUCGUGCUUUGGUGGUAUCCAUGGGAUUUGUCUUGAGGGUCUGAUGAGAAGCAGAAUCUAGUGGUGGUACAGAGGAAAAUGAAAGGCGUUGGCUAAACCGUGCAGCCUGGGAAGUGGACCACAUUAGCUGUGGAGGGAGAGGGGUCUGAGGUGCUGUAGAUGGCGAGGGAUGGAAGGGAAGAGGCUAUUCAGCUAGAUAGAUACAAUGCUGUUAAAGGAAGCCCUCACAUGACCACCAUUAGAAAUGUCAGAUUAGGGGCAGGAGAGGUGACUCUGGUUAAGAGAGUGUGCCUCACCUGCAGACGACUCAAGCUUGGCUCCCCGGACCCACACUGGGUGACUCACAACUGCCUGUAACGGCAGCUUCAGGGUAUGUGGUGUCAUCUCCUGGACUUGCCAGACAUUGCACUCUUGUGUAGACAGACAGACAGUCAGACAGAAACACACACACACACACACACACGCACACACACACACACACACACACACACACACACACACACACACGCACCCGCACAUUGGAAUUUUCUUUUAGAAAAUCAGAGUUGGCAAGGAACUGCUGUGUUCACCCUAUCUGCAUCCCGUCACCAGACGAGUCACCAGUUUUACUGACACGGUCUUCCAGCUCUUGGCUUUUCUUCAUUUCCUUACACGAUCUCUAUAAAGUGAUCUGUGGUGUCUGUGUCCUCAGUACCUAAAGCACUCAAGGCACAUUAUCAGUCACUAUUUGCUCACUAAGUACUCGGGCAAAGACGAGUGUCCUCACACUUUUGCAGUUCACUCCCGCACUGAAUGGAUGGCAGAAUCUGUUUUCUCACUGGCUUGCCUGUUUUAGGAGCCCUGCUGGCUGGUCUCUGGGCCUGGCUUUCAUGCACUGGAUACAUAAGUUUUAUAAUAAAAUAACGAAGUAUCUGGAUACUCAUGGCUAAGGUUUGUUUGUGUCCCUCUGAAAUUCAUCAUAAGGUGAGGUCCCCAGUGAGUUGGUAUUAGGAGGCAGAGCCUUUGAAAUAAGGUCCCGAUGGCAGAAAUGAGGUUACUGCUGUUAUUAAAUAGGCCCAGGGAAGUUUUCUCACCCCUUUGCCAUAUUGGUAGACAGUGAGAAGGACCCAUCUAUGAAGCAGAGAGCAGGACACCAACUCUCCUGGCUUCUUGACCAUAGCCUUUCCAACUGCCAGAGCUGUGUAAAAUAGAUUUCUGUUGUGUGUUAAUUGACCAGUCUAAGCUUUUUUUUUUUUUUUGUCACAGCGGCCUACACAAGUUAAGCUGUCUGUUUGACUCUUUCUUAAUCUGUUUUUCAGCAUCCUCUCUCUCUAUCCUGGCUUCCAAUGGAUGGUCUACUAAUCAUAGCUUUCUUUACCUCAGAGCUUAAGGAGGGAAGGACUUAUCACGCUCACAGUGGCUUCUCUUCUCACUCUAAGAAUCUCCAGCAAUAAGUAGCAGGACUGUGUGGCAUAGGACCCUGCAGUUCAGAGUCCCGCUGCACACAACUGAACUGAUGAGACAGCCAACAGGAGCCUUCGAGUCUCUGCAGUCCGCAGGAGCAGCCGCGCGCGAUGAAAUCUGGCUGAAAUGUGAGGUGCAUGCUAAUGUA